AUGGCUGAAGAAUUACAACUGAAUAUGGAAGCAACGCUCUGCCAAGCGCCGUACCUGAGCCGUACCAAAGUCUUGCAUCGAUUUGUCAAGGACCCACCGAAACACCACAAGAAUUCCUUAUGGAGUUAUGCGUGCUCUGGAUUUGCGGCAGAAAAUUAUGUUCUCAAGUACCCAAGAUCAAA